CUGCUUCAUUCAUUCCCAUAUCAUUACUCUUAUCCCUCUCUCUCCUUCUCUCUCUCUCUCUCUAAACCUUUCUCCCCUUCGUAUUCGCCAUUUGAGCCUGAUUAAAAUGGAGUAUGGAGACAUCUAUCUGCAGGCUCAGAGGAACAAAUACGAUUGCCUUUUGUUCGAUCUAGAUGAUACCCUGUAUCCUCUUAGCUCUGGCUUGGCAAAAGCGUGCCGCAACAAUAUUGAAGACUAUAUGGUUGAAAAGCUUGGCAUAGAGAAGAACAAAAUCGCUGACUUGGGCAACCUACUGUACAAGAAUUAUGGGACAACAAUGGCCGGUCUCAGGGCAAUUGGAUAUGAUUUUGACUAUGAUGAAUAUCACAGUUUUGUCCAUGGGAGACUACCCUAUGAGAAUCUAAAACCAGACCCUGUCUUGAGGAGCCUUUUGCUAAGCUUGCCCAUUCGGAAAGUUAUCUUCACCAAUGCAGACAAAGUUCAUGCGGCUAAAGCUCUCAGCAGACUUGGAUUAGAAGACUGUUUCGAAGGAGUCAUCUGCUUUGAGACCCUGAAUCCCAGUCACAAGAGCACUGUGUCCGAUGAUGAGGAUGAUAUUGCCUUUGUGAGAUUAACUGCUAAUACCGCUACUGCUACUACAACUACUAGUAGCACUGAAAUCUUUGAUAUCAUUGGGCACUUUUCUCAACCUAAUGCGGGUACAGCUUUGCCAAAGACACCAAUUGUCUGCAAACCAUCAGAAGCUGCAAUUGAACGGGCCCUCAGGAUAGCCAACAUCAACCCUCAGAGAACACUGUUCUUUGAAGACAGUGCUCGCAACAUACAGUCUGGAAAACGUGUGGGACUCCACACAGUUCUGGUUGGCACCUCUCAGAGAAUUAAAGGGGCGGAUUUUGCAUUAGAGAGCAUCCACAACAUGAGGGAAGCAUUACCAGAGCUGUGGGAGGGGGACAAGAAAUCAGAAGUUGGUUACGCUGGCCAGGUUGCAGUGGAGACACCUGUGACAGCCUAGAUUUUAUGUCAUCACCCUCUACCUGUGGAAGGAAAGGAAAGGAAAGGAAUCGAGUUUUCAAGAUCUUGUCAUUCUCAUUCCUAUCCCCUUGUUCAAAUGAUGUAGAUGUUUUGUUGUGAUUAUUGUUAAAAUGUCCUCUGUUUAGUAUUAUAAUAAAAGCAGAAAUUUCCUCCCUUGG